CGCUCUAUAAUUCCUCCUCUCAACUGCCACACACUAUUCUAGUUCAAACUUCAAAAUUCCACCGAAAUAGAUUUCGGUGUUGCAUCGAAAACCCUAAACCCUUUACUGAACCCUCUCAGCCUUUGGUUUGGCAUCAAUGGCAGGAGGCAAAACAAAGAAAGAGAAGGCGAGGCCAGCAGGGCACACGCCCUACCAAGGAGGCAUAUCGUUCCACAAGUCCAAAGGACAGCACAUCCUCAAGAAUCCGUUACUGGUGGACUCCAUAGUCCAGAAGUCAGGGAUCAAAUCCACCGAUGUCAUCCUAGAGAUUGGUCCUGGUACUGGUAAUCUCACCAAGAAGCUUCUAGAAGUUGGUAAGAGGGUCAUCGCCGUCGAGAUUGACGCUCGCAUGGUCCUCGAGCUGCAGAGACGAUUUCAGGGCACUCCUCUCUCCAGCCGCUUGCAGGUUAUUCAAGGAGAUGUGCUAAAGACUGAACUUCCCUACUUUGAUAUAUGCGUGGCAAAUAUCCCUUAUCAAAUCUCAUCUCCCCUCACAUUCAAGUUAUUGAAGCACCAACCUGCUUUCAGAUGUGCCAUUAUAAUGUUCCAAAGGGAAUUUGCAAUGAGACUGGUUGCGCAGCCUGGUGACAAGCUCUACUGUCGUCUUACCGUCAACACGCAACUCUUGUCUCGGGUCUCCCAUCUACUCAAAGUUGGAAGGAACAACUUUCGCCCUCCGCCUAAGGUAGAUUCCUCUGUCGUUCGACUUGAACCCAGGAAACCACCUUUUGAAGUGAACCAAAACGAGUGGGAUGGCUUUUUGCGGAUCUGUUUCAAUAGGAAGAACAAAACGCUUGGCUCAAUUUUUAGGCAGAAAAGUGUCAUCAAUUUGCUAGAGAAGAAUUACAAGACCUUGCAGGCGCUUAAUCUUGCACCAGCCCAACAAGGUGCCUUGGAGGAUAUUGAUGAUGUGAUGGAUUUUUCAGAUGAGGACAUAGAGAUGAAUGAUGAUGGAGUGGAUGAUGGAAUGGAGGUGGAGGAUGGUAAUGCAGAAGGGGAGGUAUCUGAAUUCAAAAAAAAGGUUUUGAGUGUGUUGAUGAAGGCAGGUUUUGAAGGGGAGAGGUCCUCGAAGCUCAAAUUACAGCAAUUCUUGGACCUACUUUCUGAGUUCAACAAGGAUGGUGUACACUUCUCCUAAAUUGGGAUCCAAAUGUUGUCUGUUAAGAUUAUACACAACCCAAUUUUGUUAGGCUUCAAGUCUUUCUCUUGUUUAUUUUGGGUUUUAAUGUUUUAUAAGAGGGUUAUAUUGGAUAAUUUAGUUGGGGAUUAUGUGGAUGGUUUUCCAAGUCUCCUUUCUAAUGCAUAUAUAUAUAUA